UGUGUCUGUGUGAUCGCGCGCGCUUUCCUUUAAUUCUCCCCCAGCCAGAUGAGCAGGCAGAAGGAUAAACCCUGAGCAGAGGCAGCGCCAGCGCAGUCCGAGAGAGAGGAGGGGACUGGACUGCACAGGACAGAGUGAGGGCUUCUCAACCUCGUCGACUUUGCUCUUUAAAUUGGUCUCAAAGCCGAUUACAGCUGAUCUCCCACGUGACGUUUUACCUUCUGUCUCCCCUAGAACGAAUUGCUCGUGUACAAUCCUCCUUGGGCUGAUGUGCGUCUCCCCAGACAGACUCCGUUGCGGUUUGGGGCACGAACUUUUUUGGGGGGAGUGGGGCAAGAAGACUGCUGCUGGGAGGGCCGGGCGGAGUCUGUAGGAGGCUCUGGCCGCAGACAGCUGGGCCUCUUGGAGAGCCCAGAGGUCCCUCUUGCCCUAGCCCGGGGACUGAAGCCGCGACUGCAGCAGCUACAACAAACAGCAGCAUUGAGAACGGGAGAGCACCCCUGACGCCAGUGCCCGAGGGGAGGCCCGGGCACCGGCCAUCCCCAGAGGGUCGAGCGGCCUCGGGGAGGCUAAGGGGCUCCCGGUUCCCCAGGGAAGAACAGAGGAGCCACUGGCCGCACUGCACCCCUACGCGGGGAAGCAGAAAGCGGCUUGGAGCCGUCCCCUCGGGGGUGGAGUGGGGGAGUUUUCACAGAUAUGCCGGGGGGCUCCCCGAGCUAGGGGCCCGCCGAAGACGCGAGCCCCCCAACCCACAGGCCGGCCCGGGCCCCCCUUCGCAAUGCAGAAGAGCGUGCGCUACAACGAGGGGCACGCCCUGUACCUGGCCUUCCUGGCCCGCAAGGAGGGUACGAAGCGUGGCUUCUUGAGCAAGAAGGCGGCCGAGGCGAGCCGCUGGCACGAGAAGUGGUUCGCUCUCUACCAAAAUGUGCUCUUCUACUUCGAGGGAGAGCAGAGCGGCCGGCCCGCCGGCAUGUACCUGCUGGAGGGCUGCAGCUGCGAGCGGGCGCCCGCCCCGCCCAAGGCGGCGUCUGGGGCCGUGGGUGGCAAGGACUCUUUGGAUAAGCAGUAUUACUUCACUGUUCUCUUUGGUCAUGAAGGUCAAAAGCCACUAGAGCUCCGAUGUGAAGAGGAACAUGAGGGUAAGGAGUGGAUGGAUGCCAUUCAUCAAGCCAGUUAUUCAGACAUUCUGAUUGAGAGAGAAGUGUUAAUGCAGAAGUACAUCCAUCUAGUUCAGAUCGUAGAGACAGAAAAAAUUGCAGCUAACCAACUCCGACAUCAGCUUGAGGAUCAAGACACUGAAAUUGAAAGGCUUAAAUCAGAGAUUAUUGCUCUUAAUAAAACCAAGGAACGAAUGCGACCAUAUCAGGGCAACCAGGAAGAUGAAGAUCCGGACAUCAAAAAGAUUAAAAAGGUUCAAAGCUUUAUGCGAGGAUGGUUAUGUAGAAGAAAAUGGAAAACUAUUGUUCAGGAUUAUAUUUGUUCUCCCCAUGCUGAAAGUAUGAGAAAGAGAAACCAGAUUGUUUUCAACAUGGUAGAGGCUGAGUCAGAAUAUGUACAUCAGUUGUAUGUUCUUGUUAACUGUUUCCUUCGCCCUUUAAGAAUGGCUGCGAGCUCAAAAAAACCUCCAAUUACCCAUGAUGAUGUCAGCAGUAUUUUCCUCAAUAGUGAAACAAUCAUGUUCCUCCAUGAAAUAUUUCAUCAAGGAUUAAAGGCAAGGAUUGCUAAUUGGCCUACUUUAAUUUUAGCUGAUCUAUUUGAUAUUCUACUACCGAUGCUUAAUAUUUAUCAAGAAUUUGUUCGCAAUCAUCAGUACAGUCUUCAAGUGCUAGCCAAUUGUAAGCAAAACAGAGAUUUUGACAAACUCUUGAAACAGUAUGAAGCUAACCCUGCCUGUGAGGGGAGAAUGCUGGAAACUUUUCUGACCUAUCCUAUGUUUCAGAUACCCCGGUAUAUUAUAACACUCCAUGAACUUCUUGCUCAUACUCCUCAUGAACAUGUGGAAAGGAAGAGUCUGGAAUUUGCAAAAUCAAAACUAGAAGAACUCUCAAGGAUUAUGCAUGAUGAAGUGAGUGAUACCGAGAACAUCCGGAAAAACCUUGCCAUAGAAAGAAUGAUAGUGGAAGGCUGUGAUAUAUUGUUAGACACCAGCCAGACUUUUAUUCGACAAGGUUCUCUCAUUCAAGUCCCUUCAGUUGAGAGGGGGAAACUUAGUAAAGUUCGCCUGGGCUCAUUGUCUUUGAAAAAAGAAGGAGAAAGACAAUGCUUCUUAUUUACAAAACACUUUUUAAUUUGUACAAGAAGCUCAGGAGGAAAACUGCACCUGCUCAAGACAGGCGGUGUUCUCUCUCUCAUAGAAUGCACCUUGAUUGAGGAGCCUGAUGCAAGUGAAGAUGAUUCAAAAGGUUCUGGGCAAGUGUUUGGACAUUUGGAUUUUAAGAUUGUGGUGGAACCCCCAGAUUCUGCUCCUUUCACAGUUGUCUUGUUAGCGCCUUCUCGCCAAGAAAAAGCUGCCUGGACAAGUGAUAUAAGUCAGUGUGUUGACAACAUUCGCUGCAAUGGCUUAAUGACAAUAGUAUUUGAAGAAAAUUCCAAAGUGACGGUACCACAUAUGAUUAAGUCUGAUGCCCGUCUUCACAGGGACGACAAAGAUAUCUGCUUUAGCAAAACGUUAAACUCCUGCAAAGUGCCCCAGAUUCGCUAUGCCAGUGUGGAGAGACUUCUGGAGAGGUUGACAGACUUGCGUUUUCUCAGUAUUGACUUUCUCAACACUUUUCUGCAUACUUACCGUAUCUUCACCACAGCAGCCGUUGUCCUGGAGAAGCUGUCAGACAUAUACAAGAGACCUUUCACAUCCAUCCCUGUCAGGUCUUUGGAAUUGUUUUUUGCUACCAGUCAGAACAAUCGGAGUGAACACUUAGCAGAUGGAAAGUCACCACAUCUUUGUCGAAAAUUUUCUUCUCCACCCCCAUUGGCUGUGUCCAGAACUUCUUCCCCUGUCAGAGCCAGAAAGCUGUCGUUGACUUCCCCCCUGAACUCAAAAAUUGGAGCUCUCGACCUAUCUGCUUCUUCCACAACCAGCAGUCCAACCUCAACUUAUAGCCCUGCUACAUCCCCACCACCCCACACUGGUAAAGUACCAUUGGAUCUUAGCAGAGGCCCUUCUUCUCCAGAACAAAGCCCUGGAUCUCUAGAAGAGAAUUUAAAUAACCCCCGCAUGGAUCUGUGUAACAAGCUAAGACGAAAUAUUCGAAGAGCAGCAGUUCUAGAAACAGUGUCUGGGGAUCGAACAGUAUCUGAAAGUACUCCAGCCGUGGACAUAGCUGAACUUUCACCAUGCCGAUCACCUUCGACUCCUCGACAUUUAAGAUACCGUCCAUCUGGAGGACAGGCAGCUGAUAAUACCCACUGCUCUGUUUCCCCUGCCUCUGCUUUUGCUAUUGCAACAGCUGCUGCGGGACAUGGGAGUCCACCAGGAUUUAACAACAGUGAGCGAACCUGCGAUAAAGAGUUCAUAAUACGCAGAACAGCCACCAAUCGAGUACUGAAUGUUCUCCGUCACUGGGUCUCAAAGCACUCACAGGAUUUUGAACUCAACAAUGAGCUAAAGAUGAAUGUCCUAAAUUUGCUGGAGGAAGUCUUGAGAGACCCAGACCUUCUACCCCAAGAAAGGAAAGCCACAGCCAAUAUACUGAGGGCCCUCUCUCAAGAUGAUCAAGAUGAUACUCACCUCAAAAUGGAGGAUAUAAUCCAAAUGAUUGACUGUCCUAAAGCAGAAUGUUUUGAAACCCUGUCAGCCAUGGAACUUGCUGAACAGAUCACCCUGUUAGAUCACAUAGUGUUCAGGAGCAUCCCCUAUGAAGAAUUUCUUGGGCAGGGUUGGAUGAAAUUGGAUAAAAAUGAAAGAACACCCUACAUUAUGAAAACCAGCCAGCACUUUAAUGAUAUGAGUAACCUUGUGGCCUCCCAGAUAAUGAAUUAUGCUGAUGUCAGCUCUCGGGCUAAUUCCAUUGAGAAAUGGGUUGCUGUUGCAGAUAUCUGUCGGUGCAUGCACAACUACAAUGGAGUAUUGGAGAUCACCUCAGCCUUAAAUAGAAGUGCAAUCUACAGGCUGAAGAAAACUUGGGCCAAAGUUUCAAAACAGACAAAAGCUCUUAUGGACAAACUUCAGAAGAUUGUAUCUUCAGAAGGAAGAUUUAAAAAUCUCAGAGAAACACUCAAAAAUAAUUGUAACCCGCCUGCAGUCCCUUAUCUUGGAAUGUAUCUAACUGAUCUGGCAUUCAUUGAAGAAGGAACACCAAACUUUACUGAGGAAGGCCUUGUCAAUUUUUCAAAAAUGAGAAUGAUCUCACACAUUAUCAGGGAGAUACGUCAAUUCCAGCAGACUUCCUACAGGAUAGAUCACCAGCCAAAGGUCACUCAGUACUUGCUGGACAAAACUCUCAUCAUAGAUGAGGAUACACUAUAUGAGCUGUCACUAAAGAUUGAACCUCGACUUCCUGCUUGAAGAGCCAGCUUUGCCCCUGAAUCUACAGAGAUCAUCCAUGUGAAGAGACCAAACUGUGCCUGCCAUGCCUGCACAAUGGGUGGGGAAGGGAUGAGAUUUCAAGCUCCAUUCUUCUCUGACAAAAACUGAGGCUCCCAGAAAUUGUCUCAAGCCAGGAGAACAGAGCUGUUUAGGGUGCAAGCCAAUGCUUCAGACUUGGGCAGGAGGUUGGCAAAGUUCUUACUUUCAAAGCUAGAACAAUAUUUGCCUUUUAAAAGAAGGCCUGAAUAGAGAAAGAAGGCCUUCGUCACACUGAGUGGCGGGUGCUAAUUUCAUGGGGGUAAUCAAGGAGUCAAAUCUGACUGCCAUGUUCCAUUAAGAACAUGUAAGCAGAAAAAGAGAAAGAGAUGUUUCUCUGGCAUGUUAUUUAACAGGGAACAUCUACUAACCCAACCUUAGGAUAUAUAUGCUUUCAUUACAUUCACUUUCAAAUCAGUAAGAACUUCACAGAAAAAUGUAAUCACCUUAGAUGGGAGCUGCCCAGCCCCUAAAUUGUUUCCGUUUUAUAGCAUGUGCACUGUUUCAAAUGUAUGGAUCAAUAUUUAUAUUUAAGUAAUCUAAUGUUCUGAAUUCAUCUUUUCAGUCUUUGGGCAGCUGUACAAGAAGACAAAGUGGGGGUAAGGAGCACAGGGGACAAAAGAUGAAAUAAACUUGACUUUAUAGAUGUUGUCCUUAGACCCACAGAAUUGCUUCUAGUACAAGUCCGAAGCCCAGUGCAUUUCUUGGGAUCCACUCCCUGUUAGAGUGGCAGGUUCCAAAUUGCUAAAAAGCAAGGGAUUGUCCCAAGUCUCUGUGAUUUCCUUGACUUCUCCAGGAUCAGGUGCUCUGCAUGCUGGCUGAUUCUAUUGUCGGCUCGGACACCUGCUCUUGACUACUGUUACCCUGAGAUCUCUUCUUUUCCAUUUUUCCUCUCAUAACCCCAUUGGGGGAGCUGCUAAUCAAGCCUGAAAGGCAAUAAGUUCCUACAAUGAAGACUGCAGGAAUGGUGUGUUAAAACUUUUAAAAGCAAGUAUUUGCUUUAAAAAACAUUGUCUCUGCUUAAUAUUCACUCUGCUUGUUUUCUGUAUUUCUACCCUAGUAAUGUGGGAUUUGCUCUGGUAAUGACCCUUUUUGUUUGUAAAGGCAAUUGAAUCCCGGAUUAUGAGCAUCUAUGACCAGAAAAGUAUUUUUUGAAUAAUGUUUUAAAAGUCCCGUGCUACCAUGUGGUAGCAGGUGAAAUCCCCUGCAACAUUUCUAGUCUUCUUUCAGGGAAAACAGGCCCCACCUGGUAUCCCUGUUGCUCGUAGGAAAACUGAUAGAGGUUAUACUUAAGCUUACUUUUCCCCACACUAGCUGAUAAGCUAGUGAAGAAAUAAGACUUUGUUAUUGUUUACCUCCCUUCUUUUCUUAGGAAGACUGCUGUUGAAUUUAAUUCCAAAGGAAAAGAAAAGAAAAAGAGAAAGAUAUUGUUAUACAAGCCCUUUGCAUCUGAGGUAUCUCUAAAAGUCAUGAAGCUUAUUAAUACUGACAAUGAAGAAUUGAUCUUUCAGGCUUGACUUUUUCCUCUUUAUUUGCACUUUAAUUAUGUUGCUAGAGCUAACAGCUGUCCAAUAAAUUCCACUCAUAGUCUCUUAAGACCUGUGGAAGGGCUAACAUUGAAGGUGCACCUUUUGUGGCAGUGAAUAUCAACAUGUUUUCUGUACCUCAAGGGGGCCAUCUCUGUAAAUAACUGCAUAACAAAACAUGAAAUAAGUACUAGCAACUUAAUUUAAAAUCUAUGAAGACCUUUCCAGAAGCAUCUUCAGUUGUUCUGAAUUAACUAGCACGAUAAUAUUAUACCUGAGAAGGGUCAUUUAGAGAUGUUAUUUUUCUUUUAAGAAAAAAAAAUUGCUUGUCCUUUAUAGUAUGAAAUAAGAGGCUAAUGCAUCCUGAUGCAUGAUAAGAAGCAUGGGUUCUUUGGAUCACAAUAAUAUGCAACUGUAUAGUUCAUUUAUCAAUUGUGCAUAAUGCAGAACUUGAAAUUAACAACUGUCAACUGUAUACAGUACCACAAAGUCUGCAGUAGAGAAAGAAAAAAAAGUAAAUUGUCCUUUUUUUUUAUUAGAAGCCUAUUCUUGCUACUUGUGAGUGAGAAAGAGAAAGAGAGAGAGAAUAAGAACUGAGUAAAUGUAAAAUGAGAUAUCAUCUAGUCACUGGCUAAAUCAUGCAAUAGGAGAAUAGGUCGUAAGCUGUCAGUUCUGCCCCAUAGUGUCAGAGAGCCUUCAACAGUGAAGGAAGAACUGACUGUGCAUCCAUCACAUUUUUUCACACAUCCAUCUGAAUUGCAGAUUUGGACACAUUUUAUUUAUGUCUAUACACACUCUUUCUAACCACAUUAAAUAAAUAUUAUUAGAGAAAAAUAGGUACCAGGAGUCUUUUAAGUGGUCAUUUCUAUUCUUCCCACCCUACCAAAGCAAGUGAAAAGAAUUCAGUGAUUGAAUAGGUACUUUCAAAAAGCUUUCUUUAUAGCUUCUACUGAAUCUGCACAGUCCAGGCUGGUACCAUUGCUGACCACAUUCCCCCCUCCAUGUUUGGUUUACAGCCACUAGCCCAAGGAUUCUUAACUCUUUCUUGUAUCAUGGAUCCUUAUGACAGUCUGGUGAAGCCCUUGCAGAAUUAUGUUUUUAAAUUUAUAAAAUACAGAGAGAAAGAAUUAUAUUGAAAUAGUUAUAAAAUUUUGUUUCUAAAUUCCUGUUCCAUCAAAAUGUACAAGAGGUGUAUAAGGUCAUAAAUGGUGUACAAUGUCAUACUCGUACACUUAGUUAUAUGCCUCUGCUAUUUGCUCUACAUUCAAACAAGAGAGUUAUGGUAAGUGAUCUGAAAAAGAAAAAUGUCCUCAGUUAAGUUCCUGAAGAUUUUCUUUUCUAUUUUUAAGCCAACGGAAAGAAACAUAUAAAGAAAGUUUUAGAAUGGCUUCAUCAAACUAGGGCCAUCUUGUAGAUUGUCAAAUUUUGCAGGCCAUGAGAUAUGUUGACCCUUAUCCCCCCUAAACCCUUCUUGUUCAUUUGUUGUUGGAUAGUCCCAUUAGGAUGUGGGACCAUUUUGGGCUUUUGAUUAUAUGAGACUGUCACUUUAUUUUUAAAUAGAGGACAUAAGAAAAAUGUAAAAAUGUUUUUGAUCCAAAAUAUAGGGAAAAUAUAUACUACAUAAACAAAAAUCAAAUUCUAUUCUCAUGCUUCCACUUAAGUACCCAGAAUUUUUAUGAAAUAAUCUUGGGGCUUUUAAGAGAUACCUUAGGAUAUGAAAUAAGACAUCCAAUUUCUCUACAGAGCCGCAUCUCUUGCUAAAGCAGAUAUGUUCUUUGACAUAAUAAGGCAUGAAGUAGAAUAAUGACACUUUCCCUUAUAUUUCACUGAAAUAACUCAGUGUAGGUAUUCAGAAUUGCUGGAAGACAAUUUUAUUCAAUCACUAUUCCACAAAACAUCUAGUUCUUACUUGGUGAAUUUCUGUAAAAUGUAAAGUUAUUAUUAAAUGAAAACUAAACCCCUCUAUUUUGAAUAAUUUGAAAUAGGCAAAAUAUUCUCCAGUUUUGAUUAUGUAUAAUGACAAUCUUUUCACAGAAAACUGUCACUAGAUUAUGUAAGACAAAAUCUUGGCUGGAUAAAAUUUUAGAAAUAUUCAAAAUUCUAAGGAGUAAUUUCUUCAGCUUUAUGUAUAUGUACAUAUUACAAACAAAACUUCUGUGAUUACAAAGUAUAUAUUUGUAUAUAUGUACAUACAUAUAAUAUGCAUACAUGUAUGUGUGUACAUAUAUAGCUAACCUCAGUAACAUAAUCAUUUUUGCAAUUCUAUCAAAAUGGGUUACUAGGAUGGAGAUGUGUGAUAAUCAACCAGAAAAGGCCUGGCUGAUAUCUAUAACAGUUAAAAACAAUUAGCAAAGUCAUGAAUUAUUCUUCUGUUUAGCCUUAAAGAGGAAAACUAUUAAUUAGUUAUAUAAUAGUUGUUUUGAUGGAAAACAUUAGCAUUAUUCAGUGUUAAAUUAUUCAGUGUUAAGAUAGUUUUUUUUUAAAGGCUAGAAAUCUGUUAUAGCUAAAGAGAAAAAUCCUGGCUGAUAUUAAUAACUGGGAAGAACAAUUAGCAAAGUCUUGAAUUAUCCUUCCAUCUAGAUUCAAAUAAGAAGACAAAUUGCUAAAGUGACAGUUUAUGCUAUGAUUGUGAAUAUUAGCAUAUGAACAUAUUGGUUGAACCUCAUCUCCUGGUAUGAAAUAAAACACUAAUUCAAACAUUUUUCAAUUCAAAAAUCAAUCACAGUUUCAUUUAUUAAAGGUCACCAAAGACCUCAACCAAAGCAGAGUGGAACUGAACAAGAAAUCAAUUAUUGUUUUUUUCUUUUUUAAAAGUAUAACCAGAUGGAUCAUUUAUGAAUGUUAUUUGUCCUUUCUGUCAUCAUGUAGUAUGACAUAGCUAAACACUCUCAAAGCAGGAAUUUGUUCUAUUUGAUCCUCUCAAGGAAAAAUUAAUUAUAUUGAACCUUUAUGUGCACCAUUUGCAUUUUAUCAUCAUAUCACUCUCCUUGGUCCCUUUUUGCAACAUAUUUGAAUGUGUAG